AUGGCAUCAUACGGCGCCGGCAGGGGAGUCAACGUCUCCCAGUACCUGCGCGACCUCAGGGUCCCCGAGUCCGCAGUGGAAGAGACGCUCGUCACGGACGAAGACCUCGCCAAGGACCUCGCCCUCUUCACCAACACGCAGUUCUAUGACUUCGAGACGGGGCAACACACGGACUACCAGGCGCCGCCUGCUAAGCCGGAGGUGACACGAUCGCCCACCGAAGAUGUGCCGUCGACGGACCCGAUCAUGGGUUUUGAUUUCGUGCCGGGCGACUUCAGUUUCGGGGACUUCAGCAGCACCUACACCUCGCCGACGAUCCCCACCUUUCCAGAUGCUCUAGGUAACCUGCAGCCCAUCCAGCCCAACCCACAGACGACCUACCCGGCCCCGCCAGUCGCCCAGCAUCACCACCAGCCUCCACCAGCAGGGUAUGUACCGCCCGCGGCUUCUGCUGCUGCCGCCCCCAGGAUAGGAGGAGGAGUCGUCGCCGGGGAGAAGCGCAAAGCUGAAUCGCCCAUUAGCCCUCCGAACGGCCGGGUGCUGAGCUUCGAGGAGGCGUCGCGGCUGGCGGCCGAGGAGGACAAGCGGAGGCGCAACACGGCGGCCAGCGCGCGCUUCCGCAUCAAGAAGAAGCAGCGCGAGCAGGCGCUCGAGAAGUCGGCCAAGGAGAUGACGGAGAAGGUGACGCUGCUCGAGAGCCGCAUCUCGGCGCUCGAGACGGAGAACAAGUGGCUCAAGAGCCUGGUCACCGAGAAGCACGGCGGCCGCGACGACAUCCUCGAGAAGCUGCUCAAGGAAUUUGCUGCCAAGGAGACGGCGGCGAAGAAGAACGGGGAGGUCAAGGACAGCAUCAAUGCUGCGGCGAGCUCGACCGCGUCGUCUUCCGCUGACGAGAAAGAGUCCAGAAAGGAUUGA